GAGAUACUAAAAGAUAUUUUGUCCAUCUUUAUGUAUCCAUUUCAUUUCAUUUUGGCAUGUUUCUGGGUUUAUGACUAGUCGAGUAUCCUAACCUCUGCCAUGGAAGUUUUAGAAGAAGAAAAUCAACCUCCAAAGCGGGUCAAAACCCACGAACCAUUGGACCCAGAAGAAGAAAAAGAAGAUAGAAUAAGCUCAUUACCAGAUUUGAUUCUCGAUGAAAUCCUUUCUCGUCUAGACUCCACAAAAUACGCAAUCAGAACAGGUACUCUUUCGAAACGAUGGCAACAUCUUUGGCUUUCAGCAUCUAGUCUAUCUUUUGCAGAUCAUCAUAUGAUGAAGUACUCCCCUUCAGAUUAUACCCAUAUUUUUAUAAACAACAGAACAUUAUCUGAUUUCUACAAGUGUGUUGAUGAAACCCUAACUCAGUGUCAUCAUCCCCAGUUUAAGAAUCUCAAUAAAUUCUGUGUCCGUGCCGAUUACGAUAAUCGGUUUGAAUCCCAUGUCGACAAUUGGAUUAAUUUCGCUACUAGUAGUAAUGUCCAAAAACUUGACUUGUUUUUAGAUACGGGAAAUGAAGUAGCUCUAUAUGUAUUGGAAGAUGACUCGUUUUUCAUCAACUCCCAUUUUACCCAUCUCGUUUUAAAAGGAUGUAUAUUAUAUUAUCCUAGUGGGCGCAUUGCUUGGAAAAACCUUACGCAUUUAACUAUAAUGAAUAGCAUAUUAAACCAAGAUUUGAUGGAUAAUAUUCUAUCCGGGAGUCCUUUAUUGGACACUUUGGCGUUGUUCGAUUGUUAUGGUUAUUCAUGGCUCGAUAUAACUUCCAAGACUCUUAAGAACUUGGAGUUCUAUGGAUACUUUUGUCAAGAGGAUGAGAAUCUUGACCAUAUAAUUAACAUCAAUGCUCCUUAUAUCACAUCGUUAUCCAUCAAGGGUACUUUGUUGUUAUGGAAGAUUUUGUUACGAGAUGUGUCUUCUUUAGUCAAAGCUGAAUUGGAUUAUAUCAAGAUGGGUCAUGAUGAGACGACACCUAAAGAAGAGAAAGAAGAGAUGCUUAUGAGGUUUAUACUACGCCUUCACCAUGUCAAAGAGCUCAAAAUUGGGAGAUGGUGUUAUCCGACUUUCCGUCGUUUGGAAGCCAAAGGUCUCAUUUUUCCAUCCAACUUGAAGGUUGUAAAACUUUCUUAUCAUGUUUAUGACAGUGAUGAUUCGACAGAGCUAGAUGAUUCCUCUGAUAACGACUCAUCUGUUGGUGACUCGUAGAAAUGUGUUAGUGGCUCGAUUGAAAACAUAGAUUUUGGAGAAACUAAUGCUUGAUGAUUGGUCCAGAGGAUGAGGUUAAUGGAUUAAUAGCAAUUCGAACUUUUUUCUAAACUAGACAUGGGACUUUGAAUUCUGGUUAAUUCCUAGGGCAGUAUAUUUAGCAGAUUUCAAACUAUGUAGUUGUUUGAUAGUUAUGUUAUGUUCUUUGUUUGUGUCA